AUGCCUGUUAUGAAAGGAUUGCUCGCGCCACAAAAUACAUUUUUGGACACCAUCGCGACACGUUUUGACGGAACUCACAGCAACUUCAUCCUGGCCAAUGCGCAGGUGUCUCAGGGCUACCCCAUUGUGUACUGCUCCGAUGGCUUCUGUGAGCUGAGCGGCUUCGUGCGCUCGGAGGUGAUGCAGCAGAGCUGCACCUGUAAGUUCCUGUACGGGCCCGAGACCAGCGAGGCCAUCAUCCAGCGUGUGGACGCCGCCAUGCAGGAGCGCAGCGAGUUCAAGGAGGAGAUCAUGUUCUACAAGAAAACAGGUGGCUUGUUCUGGUGUCUGCUGGAUAUUGUUCCCAUCAAGAAUGAGAAGGGCGAUGUUGUUCUCUUCCUGGCCUCAUUUAAGGACAUCACGGACAGCAAAGCUAAGUCCCUCCCAGAAGAGAAGAGAGAAGAGCUCCACCAGGGACAGGUGAAGGGCGGGUCCCCCUUUGGUUCUGCACGUCUGCGGAGCAGCACAGUACUGUACCACAUCUCAGGACACCGCUACAAGAGCAAGAUCAAGCUCAACAAGAAUGUUUUCGGGGACCCCCCUGCCCUGCCGGAGUAUAAGGUCGCCGACGCCAAGAAGUCAAAGUUCAUCCUGUUACACUUCAGUAGCUUCAAGGCGGGCUGGGAUUGGCUCAUUCUGUUGGCCACCUUCUACGUGGCCGUCACUGUCCCCUACAACGUGUGUUUCAUUGGUGACGAUGACCUCACGCGCAGCACCACUGUCAGCGAUAUCGCCGUGGAGAUCCUCUUCAUCAUCGACAUUGUGUUCAGCUUCCGUACGUCCUACGUGAGUAAGUCUGGUCAGGUGAUCUUCGACGCCCGUCAGAUCUGCUUCCACUACAUGACCACCUGGUUCAUCAUCGACCUGGUGGCCGCGUUGCCCUUCGACCUCCUAUACGCCUUCAAAGUCAGCGUGGUGUCUGUGGUCCACCUGCUGAAAACGGUACGCUUGCUACGGAUCAUUCGACUCCUGCAGAAAAUGGACCGCUACUCUCAGCACAGCACGGUGGUGCUGACUCUGCUCAUGUCCAUGUUCGCACUGCUUGCCCACUGGAUGGCCUGCAUCUGGUACGUCAUCGGCAAGAAGGAGAUAGAGGCCAACGCACACACAUGGGACAUCGGCUGGCUGCAUGAGUUGGGUAAGCGUCUGGAAGCUCCAUACAGCAGCAGUGUGAACAGCACAGUGGGCGUGUCUGGGGGCGUGGCUAGCGGAGGCCCCUCCCUGCGGAGCGUCUACAUCGCGUCGCUCUACUUCACCCUCAGCAGCCUGACCAGCGUGGGCUUCGGCAACGUCUCAGCCAACACCGACGCCGAGAAGAUCUUCUCCAUAUGCACCAUGCUCAUAGGAGCUCUGAUGCAUGCUCUGGUGUUUGGUAACGUGACGGCGAUCAUCCAGAGGAUGUACUCACGCUGGUCUCUGUACCACACGCGCACCAAAGACCUGAAGGACUUCAUCCGUGUGCACCACCUCCCCCAGCAGCUGAAGCAGCGCAUGCUGGAGUACUUCCAGACCACCUGGUCAGUCAACAACGGCAUCGACUCCAAUGAGCUCUUGAAGGACUUCCCAGACGAGCUGCGUUCGGACAUCACCAUGCACCUGAACAAGGAGAUCCUGGAGCUGUCGGUGUUCUCAUCGGCGAGCCGUGGCUGCUUGCGAUCGCUCUCGCUACACAUCAAGACGACGUUCUGCGCACCUGGCGAGUACCUGCUGCGGCAGGGCGAUGCGCUCCAGGCCCUCUUCUUCGUCUGCUCGGGCUCCAUGGAGGUGCUCAAGGAUGGCAUGGUGCUCGCCAUCCUCGGUAAGGGAGACCUAAUUGGCGCUAACAUGAGCAUAGAGGAGCGUGUGGUGAAGACCAAUGCGGAUGUCAAGUCUCUGACCUACUGCGACCUUCAGUGCAUCAACUUGCGAGGGCUGUACGAGGUGUUGGACCUCUACCCAGAGUACUCCCACCGCUUCUGCCAGGACAUCCAGCAGGAUCUCACCUACAACCUCAGAGAGGGACAUGAGAGCCACGUGGAUGUGCGUGGCAAUGGAGGAGUCAUCCAGUGCUACCAGCCAAUCAAAGAGCAGGGAGAUGAAGAGCAGGAAGCUGAGAAGGCGGAGGAGGACGAGGAAGAGACGAUGCUGUUUCUGAGCCACGUGCCCGACAGGAGACACACACACCCACGCAGCACACACACACAUAGGACCAGCAACACUAUUCAUAUUCAACAGGAGAACAUGAGGAAGCCAGAUCCCUCAAACCUCAGCCCCAGGAUUGUUGACGGGACAGAGGGAAGCAAUAGCACAGAGAGCUCUCCAACAUUCACAUUCUCUGCUGUCCAUGGAGCUGCAAAUGCCACCGCCACAGACAUGAUUCAGAUCAGUACAGCAGAGUUGGCAGCAAAAGCAGAGGAAACCAGAGGUCAGCUCUGCCAUCUAGACCAAAAGGUCACCUCUCUGGGCCGGGAGGUAGCGGAGCUGAGUCGUGUGAUGAGGAGUCUGGCGUUCCUCAUGGAGUCCCUCCUCACGUCUCCCCGCACCCCCCACCCCACACAGGUGCGCCCUGGGACACCUGCAGGGGGCGAGCAGCUCCUGCCCUCCCGGCCGCAGGACCUCCAGCUAGUGCCCCCUCUGCCACCCCCACCCUUCUCGUCCGCACCCUCCCACUGCGAACUCUUGCCCCCGCUGCUCCCCUCGCCGCCCCUGCCCGAGAGCUGGCUUCCUGCCCGCAGUCGUUCCCUCAGCCUGGAGACGCUGCCCUCUCCACCUCCUCCACACACCCACCACCUCAACCCCGGGACCUUCCCCAGGACAGGGCUGCCUUCGCUGGGGGAGAGGCCUCUGGGCUCCCCCCCACCACCUGGUUGUCUGUAG